AUGUGCCACUCCUUCUGUAUCGUCCCUUUUAUGCGUGAUGCUGGCGAUGCUGAGGAUGGCUACGCGGUGGUGGCAGCGGACGGGCCGGGCGAGUACCCCAUCAUUGCUGAAGCACGUGCUGGGGAUGAUGCAGCCAAUGUGGUGGUGACACCUGGCACAGUCGCUUACAUCACCACGGGAGGCCCGGUACCUCAGGGUGCGGACGCGGUGAUUCAAGUGGAGGACACGCUUCCUGUUGACUGCUCCAGCGGCCAGAGGCGUGUGACUAUAGUGAAGGGCGCUACAGUGGGGCAAGACAUUCGCACCGUGGGUUCGGAUCUGGCAGCGGGUACGGUGGUUCUGAAGGCGGGGGAGCGUGUUGGGCCAGCGGAAAUAGGGCUGCUGGCAACCGUGGGGGCUGCACACGUGCAUGUGCACCGGCAGCCUCUAGUGGCUGUCCUCUCAACUGGAGACGAGCUCAUAGACCCCUCGCUGCAUCCCGGCACCGCUCUCCCUCGUGGCAUGAUCAGGGACGCCAAUCGCUCCAUGCUGCUGGCCGCUGUGCAGCAACACUUAGGAGCAGCGUCAGGGGCAACAGCAUCAUCAGCGGCACCAUCAGCAGCACCAGCAGCCAACAGCCCGGCCCCUCUGGAUCUGGGCAUAGCAGCGGAUACAGAGGAGGCCGUGGCAGCAGCGUUUGAGAGGGCACUAGCAGCGAGAGCAGAUGUGGUGGUGGCGUCUGGAGGGGUGUCCAUGGGCGAUAGGGACUAUGUUAAGCCGCUGCUGGAGAGGCUUGGGACUGUGCAUUUUGGGCGGGUGAGUGGCAGAGGGGCCAGUGAGGGUGUUUUGGCAGGGAGGGCGGAUGUGGUGGUGGCGUCUGGAGGGAUGUCGGGCGAUAGGGACUUUGCCAAGCCGCUGCUGGAAUGGCUGGCCACUGUUCAUUUCGGCCGGGUACACAUGAAGCCAGGAAAACCGCUCACUUUCGCAACCAUCGAAACCCCUUCAGAUAAGACCGACGGCGCCGCCCAACCGCACCGAACGAUAGUUUUUGGGCUGCCCGGGAAUCCGGUCAGCUGCAUGGUGUGCUUCAACCUGUUUGUGCUGCCCGCCAUACGGCAAAUGGGGGGGUGGCGUCAACCCCUGUUGCACAGGGUGCAGGUCCACAUCUCUUCGUCUCUCCGCCUCGACCCUGACCGCCCCGAGUACCACCGGGCAUCCCUCCGCUGGGAGCCAAACGUCCCUGCUGCCCUCGCCUCCUCUGCUGCUGCUCCCACCACUGCUACUGCUACUGCCACUACUGCUUCUGCUACUCCUGCUCCUCCUUCCUCCACCACUGUGUCUGGUUUCGUAGCAGACAGCACAGGCAGGCAGAUCAGCAGCCGCCUGCUCUCCAUGCGCUCAGCACACUGCCUGCUGGAGCUGCCCCAGGCGCAGGGCUCCCUCCCUGCCGGCUCGCUGCAAAGCGCUGGUGCUGCUUCCGCCCCUGCUGUUGCUGCUGCUGUUGCCUCUCCUUCCACUGCUGGUGCUGCUGCCUCGACUGUGGGUGCGGGUGUGCGAGUGGCGAUUCUGACUGUCAGUGACACGGUGGCGUCAGGCCUAGCAGCAGAUGCCAGUGGCCCCAGGGCAGUGCAGGCAGUGCAGUCGCUGCUGCCAGCAGCAGCAGUGGUGGCGACGGCUGUUGUUCCAGACGACCCAGACAAGAUAGCAGCGCAGGUUAAGGCAUGGGCGGAUGGGGACGAAAUUUCUGCGUCAACUCCUGAGGCAGCGGGUGUGGCAGCAGUGGAUGUGAUUAUAACGACAGGGGGCACGGGGUUCUCUCCCCGGGAUGUCACUCCUGAAGCCUGUGCGCCGCUCUUCCACCGCUCUGCACCGGGCCUCACCCAUGCCAUGCUGCAGGAGAGCCUCAGGAUCACGCCCUUUGCCAUGCUCUCGCGCAUGGCUGCUGGCAUUAGAGGCUCCACUCUGAUCCUCAACCUGCCUGGCAACCCUAAUGCGGUGUCAGAAUGCCUGGCUGCUCUCGUGCCUGCUCUUCCCCAUGGCUUGAAGCAGCUGAAAGGGGACAAGCGGGAGAAACACCCCCGCCACACGCCCCACCCUGGCAUAGCCAAGUGA